GGCGAUCUGGGGUUUGUUUGGGUUGUGGGUGGUACGUGCACAGCGAGGUAAAAGCGGGAAAUGGCGGCGCCGAGCGCGGGGUUCCGGCCCAGCCUGCAGCAAAAGGGGCUAAUGGCUGCUGACAGGGGGCGCAGGGUACUGCCAGUGUGUGGCAUGCACCCCGACCAUCAGGAAACUCUGAAGAGGAAUCGAGUGGUGCUGGCCAAGCAGCUGUUGCUGAGUGAGCUGUUGGAACAUCUCCUGGAGAAGGACAUCAUCACACUGGAAAUGAGGGAGCUCAUCCAGGCAAAAGUGGGCAAUUUCAGCCAAAAUGUGGAACUCCUCAACUUGCUGCCCAAGAGGGGUCCGCAGGCGUUUGAUGCCUUCUGUGUGGCGCUGAGGGAGACCAAGCAGGGGCACCUGGAGGAUCUGUUGCUCACCACUCUGUCUGGCCUUCAGUGUGCACACCCACCGUUGAGCUGUGACUACGACUUGAGUCUUGCCUUUCCCGUGUGUGAGUCCUGCUCCCCUUGCAAACAGCUCCGCCUGUCAACAGAUACUGUGGAACACUCCCUAGACAGUAGAGAUGGCUCUCCCUGUCUUCACGUGAAGCCUUGCACUCCCGACUUUUAUCAGACACACUGCCAGCUGGCGUAUAGGUUGCAGUCCAGGCCGCGUGGCCUGGCAUUGGUGCUGAGCAAUGUACGCUUCACUGGAGAGAAAGAUCUGGAAUUUCGCUCCGGAGGAGAUGUGGACCACAAUACUUUAACCACCCUCUUCAAGCUUUUGGGCUACGAUGUGCACGUUCUACAUGAUCAGACUGCACAGGAAAUGCGAGAAAAACUUCAGAAGUUUGCACAGUUACCUGCACACCGUGUCACGGACUCCUGUAUAGUGGCACUGCUAUCGCAUGGUGUAGAGGGCGGAAUCUAUGGUGUGGACGGGAAACUACUUGAGCUACAAGAGGUUUUUCGGCUCUUUGACAAUGCCAACUGCCCAAGUCUGCAGAACAAGCCAAAAAUGUUCUUCAUCCAAGCCUGCCGUGGAGAUGAAACCGAUCGUGGAGUUGAUCAGCAAGACGGAAAGAACCAGGCGGGAUCCCCCGGGUGCGAGGAGAGCGAUGCUGGGAAAGAGGAACUGCUGAAGAUGAGGCUGCCUACUCGCUCAGACAUGAUCUGUGGCUAUGCCUGCCUCAAAGGGACUGCAGCCAUGCGGAACACCAAGCGAGGUUCCUGGUACAUCGAGGCACUUGCUCAGGUGUUCACCGAGAGAGCUUGUGACAUGCACGUGGCCGACAUGCUGGUUAAGGUGAAUGCCCUUAUCAAGGAGCGUGAAGGCUAUGCCCCGGGCACGGAGUUUCACCGCUGCAAGGAGAUGUCCGAGUACUGUAGCACUCUGUGCCGUCACCUCUACCUGUUCCCGGGACACCCUCCCACGUGAUGCCUCCUCCCUCGUCCCUGCCAGCUGGAGGUGUGAUAGAGCCUUUUGUUCUCCGGGAUGCACGGUUUCUGUCUUUCCCCACUCAGGGAUUUGGGAAUCUCCAGACUUGUUUCCUGUGCCCGUCAUCUCCGCCAUUGAAUAUGAGACUUGAGGCCAGCUCCUUUUGUGUGACACGGUUUCCAUGUAGGCACACUGACUAGAUUGUUUGCCACAGGUGUUUUGGCCACAGUUGAAGAGCCUGGCCAGUGAGUUUAUGAAGAGAACAUGAAAGAGUUCUUCCAUGUUUUUGUUCAGUUCCUGCCCCUAGGGCUUCUGUAGGGAACAGUUCGGGCAUUGCUUUUAUUCCCUUAGUUCAGGUGCCUCAGAGAUCAUCUGCUGUCUUUUGUAUUUCCAGUAGGCAUUUUUGUUUGGCUUUGAAGAGACGAGUGGGAUUGGAGACGGCCUCUGCCGUGUGCAGAAACGGCCUGUGUGGAGGAACGGCCUUCGUGCCUCCCCAUCCACCCACACACCCUCUUUGCUUCCUGGAGCUCCAGGCACCCAGGCUUUCAGCACAGCCUAGGGUCUGCAUCGUCACCACUGGACAUCAUUGAUCUUGGGCCCUACGAAGGCCCAAAGGUCUCUCGCUGAUCAUCUUUUUGUCUGAGUUUCCGUAUUACUAAAAGCAGCCGAGCACCCUGAGCUCUCACCAUGUUUUCUUGAUCUUUCCUUUGAGCUGUCCAAGGACAGCUGUCAAAGUCUCCCUGUUACUGUUCCCACUUCCACGCAGUCAGCCCGCACCUCGAGUCUGGGCUCCCUCCCUGCUUACCUCCCUGCUUCCUGUCCCUCCCCUUUCCUGUGGUUUUAUCCUGCUCACUGCUGCCACCAGGUGUGUCUAAAGUAUUCCUUCCCUGGAUCAUUUGACUGCAAGGAACUGCUGUCUCAUUCCUGCAUUAUGCUUCAGUAUUGAACUCCCCUUUGGUUUUAUGGAGCCUUGUCUCCCACUUCUCACUAUUCCUCUUUCGGUGAGGAACCUAGCUAGAAAACUCUGCUUCUGUGAACUUGCCCGCUUUAAGGCUUUCUUUUUUUAUUUCGAUUCUGCCCCCUUCCGUCUAUUCUCUACAUAACAGGCUGGCUUCUUGGCGUUCUGAUUUUUUAAUUCAAAGCUGAUGAUGUCACCCUGCCUGCUUGACCCCUUGGCUUCCUAUUACACCUCAUAAAAUCCAAACGACUUAGCCUGGUUUGAGAUAAGUUCCUUGCCUUCCCCUUCGGCCUCAUUAAACGAUGAUUUCUGGCUAAGCUCAGCCCCAGUGGCCUCCCCAUGGGUUCUCAGCCACGCUGAGUUCCUUCCGGCCUCUGUCCCCGCUCCUGUGAGCCCCCCCCCCAUGCCCACCACACUUGUCUUGAGUGGCAUCUUUAUUUUGUGGAAGGCUUUGCAGGUCCCUUCUCUGUAAAUAGUUUUCUCCUGUAUUCUUUGUUACUGAAUGCUGUUUAUUUCCCUCAUUGCACUUACUUCAUAUUAUAGUUAAUAUAUUUACCUGCUUUUCUGAUUCCCUUUUAUCCUCCCUGCUUACGCUGUAAGCUCCUGAGCAAAGAAACUUGGUCUCUCUUUCUUUCCAGUAUGUGAUCAGUGCCUGGCACUUAACUAGGCCUUGAGUAAAUGUUUGUUGAAUGAAGAAAGGACAUAACCAUGCAGCCAGCCCUGCUAGAAUUCUACUUUUUGACAAGAUUUCCCUUUUGACAAUAUAUACAGGUUGGUUCUUUUCCUCGGGUUAUGUUUCUAGCCACUGGUUUUAUCUGCAGCUCCUUGAAAACCCAUCAUGUGUGAGACAACCUCCCUUCUCAUCUCCCAUGGUGCCUGGCAAAAUGCUAGGCCUGCAGCGGUCCAGGUGCUCAGUAAAUGCGCCAUGAGCCAGGUUACUGGAAGACUUGCUGCCAGGUCCUGCCUCUGGGUCCAUAGAGCGUGGAAAUAUUUGAGUGAUUAUGACCUUUCCACUUCCCACUGCCAGGUUUUUGUAUUGCCCUUGGGUGCCAAAUAAAUGCUUAUAUUUGUUACU